CGGGCCGAGCGGUUCGCGUCCCAUCACACCUCGUGGACGUGUCCGUCGCGCGCGGCCAAGAAUUCUUAAACGGUGAUUAAUUAUUAUGCAUAAAAUGUUUACGUAAUACAUUUGAUUCGUUUGCGUCGUUGCGUACCGGUUGGUACGAUACUAAUAAUUGUGCGAGUGUUUUCGAUAUUUUUUCUGCCAUUCUCAUCGAUGAUGACAUUUUACAGGCCAACGUCCGCACCGAUGCCAUUUUAUGGGGGCGAUUACCGGCCGGACGACGAGCCGCCACCGGAAGCCGUCUUGGAGGAGAAACGCAUCUUAGAACACCAAUUCCGAAGACCAUCGCCGUCGCGGUUGUCGUCCACGUCCUCAUCUAUCCGGCCACCGACCGCGGUCAGACAGGGUGGCGGCAUCAGCGCAAACAGGUCUCUGCGCGCCAGGCCAUCGGGAAGUUCGCCCAGGAGGAGUCUACAACGGUCGUCGGCGUUCGGCAACCGGAGAUCUACAACGAUCACGGAUCGCGGACGUACGGCGUCUAUGCCCGCCGUGCCGAUUGUCAGGAUUGAAAUGUUCUUCAUCCAAUACAACCAGAAUAACUUGUCAUUAAAAUUGUUUGGAUCGUCGAUAUUGGAUUCGUCUUUAAUUAUAUUGCCGAGUUUCGGAAAUGUGCCCAGACCGGAUGGUCCCGUGCUGGAAGAGUAUCGCCUGCGGAGCUUCUCGAUCACUGCCAGCGGCGUUUGCAACCUAGGAGACUUCGUGCGGUACGCCUCGCCACCGUCGUCCACUCGGCACCAUCAACCGGUCGGGAAGCGCGAGAGUUGCCCCGCGUCCGUUUCCGGUACGCCGUCGCACCAGCAAAACGCUAAUGGUUCCUCCGCCGCCGCCACUGCCGCCGCCGCCGCCGCUACCUCGCACACGGUCUGCACGGAAUUCUCCAGAUUCCGAAAACCCAGUACGGCUCUAACAAACAAGUUUAAAGCCAACGACACCGUCGAAUCGUACAAGGUGGCGUUGCUAGGGGCCCCGGGUGUCGGAAAGACCACGAUAUCUGUGCAGUUUUCGACGUCCGAUUACAUAUGCGUGUACGACACUUCCAUAGACGAAGACUGCGCUUGUCGGACGAUCAGAGUGAUGAUAAAUGGUCAGGAAGCUGAACUAACCAUCAUUGAUAUACCAUACGUAGAAAUGUCGAUUGAAACUUUAUGUUCUACCUACAACCCAAAUGUAUUUAUAGUUAUGUAUUCGGUAGUCGACGAGAGGAGUUUUGAUAUGGCAGAACAGAUGUUACUGUUUCUGUGGAAAGGCGAGUACAUUCAUACAAGAGGUGUGAUAUUGGUUGGCAACAAAUCAGACUUGGAACGAACAAGAAAAAUUCAAACAAAUGUUGGAAGAAAUUUGGCAUACAGUUGGAACUGUAAAUUUAUUGAAACUUCAAGCGGUAUCGAUCAUAAUGUGGACAAGCUACUAGUAGGAAUUUUGGCUCAAAUCAAGCUAAACCCGCUCAGGGAAAGGAUGUAUAACAGCAAAAGGAAAAAAUAUAGCGUCACAAAACUGUAUAAAGACUUUUUAGCAUACUUAAGAGGUGUUAAGUCCAGUGAAAAUUUGUUCAGUAUUUAAUUAUUUUAUUAACAUGACAUAUUUUAAUGUUUUUCGUGGACCAAUUUCUUUAUCCGAUACCCAAUUUAUAUCCACCCUCCUCAAGUACAAAAAUUUACAAAUUUUAUAUAAAAUUGGAUAUUACAAAAAAAAAAUACAUAUCUAACUUUAGAUGAAAUAAUAUUUGUAAAAUAUAUUUAUGCCAUAUUGUUUUUAUAUUAAAAACCUCUCAUCAAUUAAGGUUUUCUUGGCCAAAUUCCUUUUGCCAAAUGUUGUUCUGAUGACGCUCAUUACCUAUACAUGAACACAUAAUUUAAUUAAGUAUUAAUAUUUAUAUAAGUCAAAUUGUAUUCCUAAUUUUGUAAUACAAUACGAUUCUUAAAAAAAUUACAUUUAUAAAAGUAGUACUUAAAUUGCAUACAUGUAUACAAUAUUGUAAUAUAAUAUAACCAGUAUAACUCACCACUA